GUGACGCAGUCGGGUGCUUUCCUCAAUGUGUGUCCUAUCCACUUCCAGCGCUUCUUCCUGAUUUCUUCCUCCGCUGGGAUCUGGUUUGUUCUCUCCCACAGUAGGUUGUUACUGAUAGUGUCCGGCCAACGGAUCCGAAGUAUUUUGCGUAGACAACUGUUAAUAAACACUUGUAUCUUCUGGAUGAUGGUCUCCGUAGUUCUCCAGGUUUCUGUCCCAUACAGUAGAACUGUCUUGACAUUUGUAUUAAAAAUCCUGACCUUGAUGUUGGUUGACAGUUGUUUUGAGUUCCAGAUGUUCUUCAGUUGUAAAUAUGCUGCUCUUGCUUUACCGAUCCGCGCUUUCACAUCUGCAUCAGACCCACCAUGUUCAUCAAUGAUGCUGUCCAAAUAUGUGAAGGGUUUUACACCUUCCAAAUCAUCUCCGUCAAUUGUGAUUGGAUUGGUGCAUGCUGUGUUGUAUUGGAGAAUCUUGCUUCUCUCUUGUGUAUGUUGAGACCUACUGCUGCUGAGGCUGCUGCUACACUGGUCGUCUUCUCCUGCAUU